AUGCUUGGCAAAGUUAUCAUCAUCUUAGUUACCUUCUUGCUUCGAGACACGUUAUCAGAAAAUGAAGUAACCUUUCGAACACCGGAUAUUCUUACUAUUUCUUACAUCAAGAAUAGUCUGAAUUUUUAUGAUGAUUGUAUUGAACAGUUGAAAGAUGUAGGAAAUUUGAUUUCCAGAAGGGUGGUUUGUGAAAUAUUAGAAUGGUUAGCAAACGAUUAUCCGCCCACCAACUUUUCUGACAUGAAUGGCAUAGAUGGUUACCUUGUUACUGCUAAUCCUUGUGAUCCUGAUUACCAUAAUAAAGAAAAUCUAACCAAAAAUCCAGAACAAUGUGACGAUGCCGAAUGCAAUCCUUAUGGGUAUACAAAAGAAUAUGUGCUACAUGUUUACGUUAAUUAUUCAUCAGCUAAUGUAUAUACUAAUGACUUACCAUUUAAUGGAAUUCAAUGGUCCAAAAUCAAAGAUAAUACUUGUUUGAGCAUCUUCGAUACUAGAGCUAGUCGAGUAUAUAUGACAGUUUGUUGUAAUCAUCAGGUUUUUGUAACAGUCUAUCGUACUAUUUUUCUUCAAACUUCCCUUUAUAUUAAUGGCAAAAGAGUCAGCAAACAAGCACAGACUGAGCUUGGCAAGUUUAUGCUUUCUGGAGAAAAACCUACCAAGAAACUUAAAAUUCCCAAUGGAAAUUUGACAAUUGCAAAUAUAAUUAUAUUUCUUAAAAAAAAUGAAAAAGAUUUGGUUAAAUUAUUGUUAGCAAAUGAACAUGGUAACUUAGCUCCUUAUGGACAGGACUUGACCUGGAAUGGAAAAGUCUAA